CCUUGGCGCCGCUCGAUGACGUCACGCUGCGGCGCGGCCGAUGACGCUCUCCGAGACGCGCAGGGCCGCGCUACGGUUGGGCACACCCCGCUCUCAGCCAUGGCUCUGGCUCUGCGCUGCCUCCGUCCCCUCCCGGCGCUGCUGCUCCGCUCCUCCCCGGCCGUGGCUCGGGGGCUGCCCCCGGCCCCGCUCCCGGGGGGCUGCAGCCGCUGUGUCCAGCACUUGCUGCUGAGCCGGCAGCUGGCUACCAAAAAAGCUAAAGGUAAAGGGCAGAGUCAAGCCAAAGUGAAUAUCAGUGCUGCCCUAGUUGAGGAUAUUAUCAAUUUGGAGGAAACCAGUGAAGAUAUGCAGGCAGUCAUAGAAGCUCUGAAAGAAGAUUUCAGCAGAAAUCUCAAUGUUAGAACCUCACCAGGGGCCCUGGAUCACAUAACUGUGGUGACAAAGGACGGGAAGUUUCCGCUGAACCAGCUGGGGCAGAUCUCACAGAAGUCACCACAGCUCCUGACAGUGAACAUGACCAGCUUCCCAGAGAGCACAGCUGCAGCUGCAAAGGCCAUAAGGGAGAGUGGCAUGAACCUGAACCCCGAGGUGGACGGGACGGUGAUUCGGGUGCCAGUUCCCAAGGUCACAAGGGAGCACAGGGAGAGCCUGGCCAAGCUGGCCAAGCAGUCCACCAACAAGUCCAAAGAGGCCCUGAGAAAGGUGAGAAGCAAAAGCAUCACCCAAGUAAAGAAGUCCAAGAACAAAGUGUCAGAAGACACCAUCUGGCUGCUAGAAAAGCAGAUCCAGCAAAUGGCAGAUGAGGCUGCUGCAGAGAUGGACAAGCUGCUGGCAGCAAAGACCAAGGAGCUGCUUGGAUAAACACCAUCCCAGCUGUCAAAAACAUCACAAACAUCAUCCAAGUGCCCCUGGAGCAGGAAUGGGCUGCCACAGCCCCAGCACCCACCCUGCCCGGGGCCAGCAGCCCCAGGGGUGGGCAGGGGCAGCUCCGUGCCCUGGCUGCUGCCAUGGCUGCCUUGGGGUGUGCUGGAGGGAGGGGGGAGCUCUCCUUGCUGUCUCUAUCCAGCUGGGAACAGGAUUGGAUGAACUGAUACCAGAAAUAAAAUACCAGGAAGGAGAACUGGAAAUUGCUGGAGGCACAGGGGGAGGACUGCCCUGUUCACUUGGUGCCCCAUCUUUGCCCCACACCCUCAGCCCCCUGGAGCCAGGGCCACCCAUGAGAGGAACCUGCCUGUCCUGCUGCAAACCUCAGCACCUAUUUCUGCUUGAAAUAAAGUCAAAAUGAGGCGUGGAGCAGCAGCCUCACAACA